UAUUGACCCACACUGUGUUACUCAGAAUGACCUCAUCAGCUGACAUGUCCAGAAUAUUAUGAGGUUGUUUGUUCACAUGAGCUCGUGAUCGAGCUGUGAGGCCCUUUAUAGCGGGUUUAGCGGGCCUGAUCGCAGUGGAUGGACUGUGAAUACACGGCGCUUACUACAGACUCUACAGCCAUAGAAGAAGUAGAAGACGUAGCACCGACACAACUGUUAGUUUCCAAGUCAGAUUUAGAAGACGAGACCGAGGAAAUAGAACUGUUCGACAUGAGUGCGGUAAAGUCAGUACAGGCGUCGGUCAACCAGGAGCGCCAGCCGCUGAUCGGCAACAGUUCCAUGUCGGACACGGACCCUGAAACAGACGUACGGGUACCCAACUCCUCCAACAACAAGGAACUGUCGUCAGAAGCAAGGGCUUUCACCCCAAAUUCUGUCUCGAACUUUGAAGCAUUAGUGCAUCUUCUCAAAGGUAACAUUGGUACUGGGCUACUGAGUCUUCCUGUGGCAGUGAAGAAUGCUGGUGUAGUUGUGGGUCCAGCAGGUCUGAUUGCGAUGGCAGUCAUUUGUGUGUACUGUAUGCACAUGCUGGUCAACUGUAGUCACAAGCUCUGCAGAAAAUGUGGGCACACCAGUAUGGACUAUGGGGAGGUGGCUGAGAACGCCUGUCGGGUGGGGCCCAUCCUGUUUCUACGGCGACACCGGGUGGCAGUGAGGAGAAUUGUGAACGCCUUCCUCCUGCUGACCCAGCUGGGCUUCUGCUGUGUCUACUUCGUCUUCAUGGCCAGGAAUGCUGAGCAGAUCCUUCAUGCCUUCCCAGGUCUGCAGCACGCGGAGUUUCCGCCAGUCCAGGCCUUCUUAGCCGCCUUUCUCCUUCCCAUCAUGCUGCUGUGCUUCAUCCAGAACUGGGACCACCUGGCGCCCAUCUCUACGGUUGCUAACGUUGUCAUGGUAGCGGGGCUGGUGGCGAUCUAUCAGUACAUCCUCAGGAGGCUCCACAGCCCCUCCAUCUACCCAGCAUUCUCCUCAGUCGGGGAACUGCCACUCUUCUUUGGCACUGCAAUAUACUCUUUUGAAGGGAUAGGGAUAGUUCUUCCCCUGGAGAAUAAGAUGCAGAAUCCCCAGUCCUUCCCUACGGUGAUAAACAUAGGGAUGGGACUAGUCACGUUCCUGUACGUGUCUCUAGGGUUUUUCGGAUACCUCGCCUUCGGGGCCCACGUGGAAGGGAGCAUCACCCUAAAUCUACCCACGAUGCCCUCAGCUGAUGUAACACCAUCGGAACAAGCGCUGUAUGUAGUAGUGAAGCUGAUGUUUGUGUUCUGCAUAUUCUGCACCUUUGCUGUGCAAUUCUACGUCCCCAUCAACAUCAUCUGGCCUGUGCUGAAGUCACGAGUCAGUCAUCAGUACCAGACAGUCGCAGAGUACAUCCUCAGGGCACCCAAUCAUGUUGAUUUGAACUCUAUGUGGUGAAAUUACCAGUCUGUAUUUUUGUAGGUCAGUAAAAUGUUGAUAUGAAGACAUUCAUUACAGGGACCCAGGUAAAGUUUCAAGCUGCUGAGACAAAUCUGGCCAACAUGUACAAUUUUAUUGUACAUCUAGAAAGAUUUUAUUGUUUGAUAUAGAAAAAUAUUAUGUUACACAUUGAGUCUUUUAAUCUGGUAAAAUUAACACAUUGUGCUAAAGGAUUGACUUCUAAAGAGUAUAGCAGUCAAUACCAUAUUAACCAACAGAUGUCUGUACAGAUUUAUAUCAAAUUUUAUAAAUAGUACUUAGAAGAUUUAUUGUGGUGCCAGUGGUUGUGCCUUUUUAUGAAUAUCAAGAAAGGCCUGGAUAGUGGUGGUAUCCUGACUUUCCUUUCGCUUUUCUGUAUCAGUUCAAAAGUUUGUUGUAAAACCUGCACAAAAUGUUCAAAAUUAAUUCUGGGUUGUUUGAAAUGUUUGUAAGAUGAAGAUGUCGGUGAUAACAUUCCAAAUUAUAUUGUUGUAAUAAUGGUGCUACAAUGGUAGUGAUUACGUUGUGAUCAUUAAUACAUCCCUGACUGUUAAACUUUGAAUUACACUGCCAUAUGGAGAGCCCUUUCUACAGGGAGGUGAAUGUUGCAUGUAUAUUGAAUGUUCUGUCAUAUAUGAUAUCAUCCAGUAUUACACUUGUCAUGCAUCUUAAUAACCAGUCAAAUGCUGUGAUAAUUGUCAUGCAACCCUCUGAAUAUUAAACAGACUGAUAAUCUCUAAAAGCAUUUCUUUACCUCAAAGAGAAGUUUCUGAUGCCAAAUUAAUGCCAGAUUGAUAAUUGGAACAAAGUUGACAUGUGGCAUAAUGUUUGCACCUCAACAGUAGUUGCAUCUGGUAUGAUUUUCAUCAUGUUUUUCAGGGUGAUCAUAAGUAAGUGGACAACAAAAAACAACUGUUAAAGAUACAAACAGUCACAAAAUCCUUUUAUUUAGUCCAAAUUACUAUGAUCACAUUCACAUUGGAAAAUGUAUGUGGAAAGGAAAACUUCCUGUGUAAGGAACAUAUUACAUGUACUAUAAAGACAUUUCAAGAUGUAAUGGAAGAUGGCUUUUCAAUACAAUGUGUUUGUAGCAAAAAAAAGAACAUGUUGACAGAACUUGUGCAAUAUCAAUAUUGCCAUUUCCUUUUAUAUGAUGUAUUGUUAAAGAGAAUUCACAGCAUGAAAAUCA